AAUGAUAAAAGGACGAAGUCGGUAAUCCAAUUCUGGGAAGUUCAAGACGUAGCGAGAAUGGCAGAAGAGAAAUCGAGAGCUGAAGUUCGAAUGUUGCAGGCGGCUCAGCACGUAACUAUAGCCACAGUUACAACAGAACAAGUUCAACAAUACGCUAGAUCAACUACUACCAAGAUCUCGGAGAAAUUCCUUGAUGAAAAAGAAAAAUUACCCAAUGAUGGAUCUGAGGAUGAUGGAGUCCAUGUUGAUAGUGGAGAAUUCCCCAAUUCUAGCCUAUUAGCCUUAGAAACAAUCAUAGAUGCUGAGAAUCCGCUUUUUAUAUCUGGACACGAUUCUAACGAUGCAACCGUUAAUCAGGACGAGCUAGUACCGUUAAAGAAUACUCACAAGCGGUUAUUUUCUGAGAUUGGUGAUGACUUGCCUUCAUCCCAUAUAAUGUCGGUAAUGGAAAAAUAUCGUGCAAAAUCAACAACGUCAAAAUACGAUCUUGUGCACAGCUUUAUUUUAGAUCUCACUCCCUGUUCACGGAUAGAAAAAGAGUUCGAACCCGAGUUUUGGGCGGAGCUUAUAGCAGACCGACCACCUGCAGUUAAUGCCACAUAUUACGAAGAAAUUGGAUCAAUUUGUGAUCAUCUAUUCGGGCCUCUUGGUGAGAAAUUAAGGAGCAAGAAGCUUCACGAAUCCCGUGAUAAAUGGGUAAAAAUAAGGGAUUUAAAAGCACCAGAAUAUAAUGAAGGUUUUUCAUACAAUGAAGAAGACUGGAAGAAGAUCCUGUAUUGGGUUGAACGUGCUAUUGGGACAUUUCUAGAUGCUUUUGAAUCUGAAUAUAACCCAAUUCAACAAAAUGAUUGUGGGGAAAGAGAGUGGUUUGGAGAAUAUGUCAUUCCUAUUUUUCAGGGUGCCCUAAAAUUGGACAGUUUUUGUCGUGUCCCUUGGGGAGAAAUUACGGUAGUCGCCAGUUGCCGAAGACGAAAUGAAAACAAAAGAUAUUAGAAGAAUGUCUUGAACGGGGUCAUCUAGCGGAUCUAUUAUGCAAAAUCGAUCAACAAGAAGUGGUUUGUGGACUAGCAUGUGGUGGCCCACAUAAAUAUGACCUUACAAAGUGGGCGUCUGACGAAUAUCAGCUACCAAGAAUGCUUAAGGAUACAUUGGAUGAUAUAUUAGAGAAAUUUAGAGGUGCAAGUAGAGAUUCAUCAAAUCUUUAUACUAUCGGAAUUCAGCUAUACAUGACAGAGAUUCGAAUAUACAUGAUGGAAAAGCGUGAUAUAUACCGACUUCAUCUCCUGAAGUCGUUUAAACUUCCUCUAUUAUAUUCAUCUUAUGACAAGCUACGUCUUGCACUUUCUUGGGCAUGGAAUAUAAGAG